AUGUCACCAAAGCCUGCAGCAAACGUUCCACUUAAUGGUGAAAUGCAGAUGCUGAGCCUGUGGUUUGUGACCCUUCUCUUGGUGGGGACCUCCAGUGCUGGGACCCCGGCACCUGUCUCUCAGAACGACUUGGUGGGCAUCGUGGGUGGCCACAGUGCCCCCCAGGGGAGGUGGCCGUGGCAGGUCAGCUUGAGGGUCUACAGCUACCACUGGGCUGCAUGGGUGCACAUCUGUGGGGGCUCCCUCAUCCACCCACAGUGGGUGCUGACUGCUGCCCACUGCAUUGGCCGGAAAGAUGCUGACCCAUCAGCCUACCGGGUCCAGGCUGGGAAUGUUUUCCUCUAUGGGGACACGGAGCUGCUGCGUGUGAACCGGGUCAUUGUCCACCAUGACUAUGUGAAUGCCUUCUUGGGCUCAGACGUGGCCCUGCUGCGUCUGGUGAAACCUGCAGUGUGCUCUGCCAACAUCAAGCCCGUCAGGCUCUCCUCCCUGUCUGAUAGUGUCACCCCAAGGGACCGGUGCUGGGUGACUGGCUGGGGCGCCAUCAGCAUGUUUGGCUCUCUGCCCCCACCCUUCCGCCUGCAGCAGGUGGAGGUGCAGGUGGUGGAGAAUGCAGUCUGCGAGCAACAGUACCACAAUGCCAGCAGGCACCAACACAGGGACCAGAGAAUCAUCUUGGAUGACAUGCUGUGUGCGGGCAGUGAGGGCCGCAGUGCCUGCUAUGGUGACUCUGGAGGGCCCCUGGUGUGCAAGGUGACAGGCUCCUGGAGCUUGGUGGGAGUGGUCAGCUGGGGCAAAGGCUGUGCCCUCCACGACAUUCCUGGGGUCUAUGCUCGGGUCCAAUCCUUCGUGCCAUGGAUCCAGCAGCAGAUGAGGAGGUACACCUGAGGGCAGACCACUGGCCUUCUCUUCUGUCAGCCAAGCCAGCCAAGGAGAAGCCAGCUUACCUCCCAAGUGUGCUGCUUUGGCUUCAGUCCCCACCCCUGAGUCUAUGGUGCCCAGGUCUUCCCUGACUCCUAUCAGCAAGUAGGGUGAUGGGCAGGGUGGGGCCUGGGCUUGCUGUGCAGUCUCUCUAAUGAGAGGACCUGGGGAGGGGCUUGUGCUCCAGGGCACAGGUGCCCAUUCUGCUUAGUGUCCAGCAGUUGAAGGACAUUCGAGCUGUUUAUGCUUUGU